AUGGAUAGUAGUCCGGCACAGAGACUGAUGUCAAGGAGAUUAAAGACCUCCUUACCAGUUGCCAACAAGCUACUUGAACCCUCUGUGAUACAUGGUAUACCAGAAAAGUUACGACUUAAGAGGCAAGUGUUCAAGGCACGAUAUGACACAUCUGCCAGAGAUUUGCCUGAAUUGAAUAUUGGGGAACGAAUCCGUAUACAGACUAAUAUUAAUGACAGUCCUGAGCAAGCAGGUAUACCUCAUGGCAGUCAAGCACAGAGCAUGCCAGUAAGUAUUGAAAAGAGCCCAUUAACCUCAGAGAGGGCUAAGAAACUCUUUGUACAAGGAGGGCCAGUCUUCACCCAUUCUUCUCAUACUAUCAAUGAAGAAAUUUAUCCAGCAAGCACUGAAAUUCCAAAUACUCUUCAAAUAAUUUCUCAUGUUGAAUAUAUUAAGCAGCAAAUGGCAAGAGAAGACAUACGCUUUGUUCGAUUUGAAGCAGCUGACCUUCAUGGAGUGUCGAGGUCAAAGACCAUUCCUGCACGUUUUUUCCAUGAAAAAGCAUGUAGUGGUAUUUACAUGCCAAGAAGUUACCUUGAAUUAACCGUAAACCCAAAGGAUAAUGAAGUAGACCAUAUACAUGGAGCAGAUUGCAAUAGUGAUAUUGUUCUGAAGCCAGAUUUAUCAACAUUUAAAGUUUUACCAUGGGCAGAGAAAACUGGAAGAGUGAUUUGUGACUCAUAUACCAUUAUGAAUGAGCCUCUUUUGACCUCACCUAGGUAUAUAGCCAAACAGUUGCUCAAUCAACUUAAUGAAAUGGGUAUUUUAUUUCAUUCUGCUUUUACUUAUGAAUUUAGUGUUUUUGGAAUUGCUGAAAUUAUAAAUUCUAAGACAAUUGCAUUCCCUGCUGCAACGUUACUAACAGAUCAGGACCAAUUGUUCAUGCAAGAGUUUUUUGACAGCAUGUAUUAUUUAGGUGGUAGUAUUGAGAGCUUUUCGUCUUCCAGUGGGCCUGGUCAAAUGGAGAUUUCCUUUCAGCCUAAUCAUGGUCUUAUUGCUGCAGACAUUGCAUUUACAUUUAGGACUGGUAUAAAAGAGGUAGCCAAAAAACACAGUUAUAUUGCAAGCUUUUAUACUGAUACAGAAGAGAUUCAUAAUUCUGGAGUUUUAUCACACAGCCUUUGGGAUGUCAAUGGUAAUAAAAACUUGUUCUUUACUGAAUCUCAAAAUCAAGAACUAACAGACACUGGCAGAAAAUGGUUGUCUGGUCUCCUUUUCCAUUCAGCAGCUCUAAGUUGCUUAGUUGCGCCUGGGGUUAGCUGUCGUAAGCAUUUUUCAAAGGAUGGUAAGGAGUCACAAGAAAGCAUUCAUGCAACCUGGGGAUUCAAUGAUAAUAGUUGUGCUUAUAAUAUAAAAUGUCAUGGGGCUAAUAAUACCUACAUAGAAAACAAGCUAAGUUCAGCCAUGGCAAAUCCAUAUCUAGUUCUCGCCGCUACCGUAGCAGCAGGAUUGGAUGGAAUAAGAAGGAAUCUUGACUUUUUUAGUGAUACAAGCAACAAGCCUGACCUUCAAAAUGUAAAGAUAGCGUUAAUUCCACUGAAACUGGAAGAUGCUCUUGCUUCCCUAGAAGAGGAUAAAUAUAUCAGAACUGCCUUAGGUGAUUCAUUUGUUAAAUAUUUCAUUGCAAUGAAACAGUAUGAGUUGGAGACAGAGGAACUGGAUUCUGAAAGAAAUAAAUUUCUUGAGUAUUUUAUCUAG